AUGGACCUCAUGAGUUCCCGUUUAAAAGCAUUCGGCUUUGGCAAGAAGCACAAAUCACCUCCAAAUCCUCCCAACCCCGUCAUUGUCGCUCCUCCAAGUACAACAGCCAGUUCCCCGCCUCCCUCCGGGCGCAGUUCCUCGACCGCAAGUCUACCAAUGAACAAUCAGAACCAACCGCUGUCCGGUCGCCCGCCAAGUUAUCGCCCGACGAGCCCAAUGGUACACGGUGGUCAGCCCCCGCCUAUCGCAACCAACCUUCCAUACAACCAGCCCGGUGUCCCUGUGAAUGGCCCGCCAGGCUAUGGCAUGCAGCAGCAGCAACAGAUGGCCCCGAGUAUUCCAACAUCAAUGUCGAACACCACCUACCCAGGCCGCAACCCGGCCGUCGAAGUCGAGGGCGCAGGUCGCAGCAAGGCCCAGCUGAUCGUGGGUAUUGACUUCGGUACCACUUUCUCCGGCGUCGCAUACGCGUUCGCGACAAACAACGAGGCCAGAGAGGACAUCAUCACGGAAUGGCCAGGCGCCGGAACCCACACCAAACAAAAGAUCCCUACGGUCCUAUACUACGAUCAAUAUCAGAAGGUGGUGGGCUGGGGCCCUGACAUCGCCGACGCGCUCGCUCCGACCGGAUACCCAAAGCCAUUAGUACAGAAGGUGGAAUGGUUCAAGCUUCAGCUGAUGCUCUCUGGAAACACUUAUAUCGACCCCAUCAACCUGCCCCCUCUGCCACCCGGUAAGUCUGAAAUCGACGUCGCGGCAGAUUACCUCUUCAAGCUACGACAGGCCAUGCGCGCCCAGCUCCUCAAGACUCUCGGAGAGGUGUUCACCCGCGAAGAGCGCAACAUCCGCUACUACCUGACAGUCCCGGCUAUCUGGAACGAUGCCGGCAAGGCUGCGACGCGCACAGCUGCCAUCCAGGCCGGAUUCUUGCGCGACGAAAACGACAACCGUCUCACGCUGGUCUCCGAGCCCGAAGCCGCGGCGCUGUUCUGCGCCAAGAGCGGACUGCUCAAUCUCAAGGUCGGUGAUGCGAUCUUGAUUGUGGAUUGUGGUGGUGGUACGGUGGAUUUGAUCGCCUACGAGGUCGAAGAAGAAUCGCCGUUUAGUGUGAUGGAGUGCACUGCUGGAUCCGGUGACUCCUGUGGUUCGACCGCAUUGAACCGCAAUUUCAGUAACAUUUUGCGCGCGAAGAUUCGCAAGAUGAAGCUGCCGGAUGGCUCGCGUACUGCGGGCAAGGUAUACGCGAAGUGUAUCAUGGACUUUGAGAACCGCAUCAAGGCGGACUUCCGUAACAACGGACAAAAAUGGGCUGUGGACGUGGGUAUCGAGGCUGAUUUCCCUGACGCUGGUAUUGAGGAGGGCUACAUGACGUUCAUGAACGAGGAGAUUCUGCAGUGCUUUGAGCCGGUUGUGAAUCGUAUUCUGGAAUUGGUUCGCAACCAGAUCAUCGCUAUACAGGCGCAGAACCGCGCACUUCAGAAUGUUCUUGUCGUCGGUGGAUUCGGUGCUUCAGAGUACCUAUUCCAGCAAAUUAAGCUUCACGUGCCACCACAGUAUCAAACUAAGGUGAUCCGGCCUAUGGACUCCGUCGCCGCGAUCGUCAAGGGUGCAGUCACUGCAGGUAUCACUGAACGGGUCAUCACGCACCGUGUUGCCCGUCGUCACUACCUGAUGGCCACUCUCCAACCUUUCAAGGAAGGAUAUCACCCCGAGCAAUACCGAGUUCCCAGUCUUGACGGCCGUGAUCGAUGCAAAUACACACGCCAGAUCUUCGUCCAAAAGGGAGAGCGUGUGAGAAUCGGCGAGCCAGUCAAGGUCAGCUUUUUCCGUCAAGUUGCGCCUGGUGCAACACUCAUGUACGAGGACGUGCUAUACGCCUGCGAUGAGGACGUCUGCCCGGAAUACACCAAGGAUCCUCGCAUCAAGGAAGUUGUCACUCUGACCUCCGAUCUUUCCCGCAAGAACCUGGAAACCGAUUUCGAGCGCAUGGACACACCUCAAGGAAUCUUCUACCGCGUCUACUUCGAUAUCUACCUCACACUAGACGGCAGCGAGUUCAGCGCCGAACUAGUGUGCCAGAACGAGAUCAUGGGCCGCUGCCGCGCCAAGUUCAGGUGA